AUCGCAUAAAGGCUCAAUUCCUCGGCUUCUAGGUUUGGGAGAAACAAAAGUCUUUAUUCAACCCGCCGAUCCUUCUAUACAUUCAUUCUGUCCUCUACUUUCAUUCGCUCAAGUCACUCUUUUGCUGUCUUUGUGAAAUAGACCAUCGGCGUCGGACACUCGAAACUGCUCCCACGUCCGUCAUGGCCGUAGACUCAACCUCUACCGAAAGCGACAGUGAGGGGUUCAAGCUAUAUCACUACGAUCCUUCACUGGCUGCCGCCAUCAUCUUCACCCUCUUUUUCGCCAUUGCGUCUAUCCGACAUUUUCAAAUCCUCUUCCGGAAGAAGACCUGGUUCUUCAUCCCCUUCCUGGUGGGAUGCUGUCUCGAAUGCAUCGGAUACGGGAUGCGAGCAUGGUCAGCCAAACAGACACCCGAUUGGACCCUGAUGCCAUAUAUUCUGCAAAAUCUCCUCAUUCUUCUUGGUCCAACCCUCUUCGCUGCAUCGAUUUAUAUGCUCCUCGGCCGAAUCAUUCGUCAUUUGGACGCUGAGCAAUUCUCCGUCAUCUCUCCAAGGUGGCUGACAAAGAUCUUCCUCCUUGGCGACGUGAUCUCCAUAUUUGGCCAGGGUGGAGGCGGUGGUCUCAUGGCUGCUUCUGACUCUGAGUCGACCAGCAACCUUGGUAACACAAUCAUUCUUCUCGGGCUUGGCGUCCAGGUCACCUUCUUCAGCGGAUUCAUGAUUGUCAUGGCAACAUUUCACCGCCGAAUCGCGAGUUUACCGACGACAAAGGCUCGCGGCACUCUCACACGGUGGAAGACGGUCAUAUGGGUCACAUACAUUGUCAGCCUGCUCAUCCUUGUGCGCUCCGUGUUCCGCAUGAUUGAGUACGCCCAGGGAAACAACGGGUCGCUUUUGCAGAAGGAGAUAUACAUCUAUCUGCUAGAUACAGCAUUGAUGUUUAUCGUGGCGGCUACGAUGGCAUAUUUCCAUCCUGGCCUUCUCCUGGCCGAGGAAAGGGCCCUCGAUGAUGAUGUAAUUUUGGAUCAGAGGCAGACACUGACGAGCCAUCCAUACUCGCGGAUGGCUUAA